AUGAACGUUAAUUCGUGUGGCAAUAUCGAUGAUGUUUGUGAUCACGACGAUCAGUCGUUUGACGUGGCCCACUUUGGUAUGGCGGGGCAACCGGAAGGCAUGUCCACUAUUUUAACCAUCUUUACUACGGUUUCGGCUCGUGAUGCUAUGAAGGAACUCCACGAUGACGUGGAGAAGGCUAGUGAAAUCCUUGACCUCCCAGAAGAGGCUGCGUUUUUGGUUCUUCGACACUAUAACUGGAAAUUGGAUGACGACACGCUUGAGAACUACAUGAAUUCACAAAGUAGCAUCAACUGUCAACUGAAUAUAACAGACUACUCAACCACAGGUAUUACUUAUGGUGUUGGACAGGGUCCGCCAUUGGUAAAAAAUACUGAACCAAUUGUGUGCCCUGUAUGCGAGGAAAGUGUUAGUGUUGGUGACGGAGUGGCGCUCGCGAGGUGCCAUCACUUUUUCUGCGCGGAAUGUUUGAGAAGAAAUCUUGUGUACGCCGUCAACAAAUCUCAGGACUUACUGGAGAGACGGUGUCCCAAACAAGGGUGCUGUAGUCUCGUAACAAUGAGCGCUUUGGAAUUGUUGCUGCCGCCGCAGGAAUUAAAGCGUGCCCAGCAACGGUUUCUCACCGAGUACCUUAGCAACCACCCAAGCAUGCGUUGUUGCCCCAACGAAUUGCCGUGUGAAGGAAUCGUUCGAGUCGCUGUCCCUCGGCGGUCCGGACCGGACGUUUGUUGUGCGAGGUGUGAUCUGCAGUUCUGUUUCAAAUGCACUGGGAAGCCCCAUGCCCCCGCAACCUGUGAGAUGCUAGAGAAGUGGAGGAAGUUGAUUAAAGAGUACGAACCUUCAUUAGUGUACAUUCAGUCGAAUACCAAAGAGUGUCCAAAUUGUCAUGUCCCGAUCGAAAAGGACAAGGGCUGCAAUCAUAUGACGUGCACAAGGUGCCGCCACGAAUACUGUUGGGUUUGUCUUGGUCCCUGGGUGCAGCAUAACAACAUGUAUUAUCAGUGUCAGAGGGGUGAAUCAGUGGGAGAAGUCACCGCUGAAAAGAUCUUUCUCAGUUAUUACACAAGAUGGACCAACCACAAGAGGAGCCUCGUCCUUGAGGAACAAUCACUGGGAAAAGGUUUGGAGCGAGCGCGCGAACUCGCCCAACUUCGAGACCGGAAGGAGUCGUUUGACAGAACGCUCACUGUUCUUCAGGAGGCGCAGAGGAUAUUACGCGACUGUAGAGGUGUGCUGAUGAACGCGUGCGUUUCCCUCUUUUUCACCAAGUCUGUGGAUGAAACUUUCCAUUACAGAGUCCGUCAACUUGAGUUAUGCACGGAAGAAACCAGUGAGCUAAUCGAUGUAGACCCCAAACUUCUUGACACUGAUAAAAUUCAGCGACGGGCUGGGCAGGCUACCCACUGGUGCAAGGUGCUGCGUAUGGAGGAAGUGGAUUAA